AUGAUUAUAACUGUGCUUUAUCUCAUCCUGACGGUUCUUGGACUGGCCUCUGGUCAGACUCCUCAACAGGUCAAAAGUCUUAUCAGCAAUCUUUUUUCGAGUUAUGACAAAAGAAUCCGUCCAGUUCAAGAUCAGUCGUUACCUGUGAUUCUGGACGUCAGUUUUAAUCUCAUUAGUAUCAUAGGAGUUGACGAAGUGAAUGAGAAGCUGGAAACUUCUGGAUAUUUAACGGUGCAGUGGGAUGAUUCCAUGCUUACUUGGGAUCCUGCAACUAAUAAUGGAAUUCAAAGAAUAUUUUUACCUCAGAAUGACAUUUGGAAACCAGAUCUUGUACUAGGUAAUGGAUUUAAAAAGUUUGAGGAGUUUGGAGGAAGCUUUUACUUUGUUGACAUUCUGAGUACAGGCACCGUAUUGUGGCAGCCUUUCCAGGUCUUUGAAAGUCACUGCACUAUCGAUACAACUUAUUUUCCAUACGAUAAAGAAGUCUGCGAUAUUGUGUUUCUUGUUUGGAGUUACACAGUUUUUGAUGUAGAAAUUCGUAAAUCUGCUGAAGGGGUCGAUCUUUAUGGUUACAAGGAAAGUGGCGUCUGGGAAAUAACACACACAGAAGCUAAAGUUAGCAAGGAUUCGGCAGAAUCCAAAGUCACGUUUUCAAUCCAUCUUAAGAGGAAGCCUCUGUACUUUGUACUCAAUAUCAUUGCCCCCAUCUUGUUUCUCGGAUUGCUCACAAUUCUUGUUUUCGUUUUACCGGUUGACAGCGGCGAAAAGAUGUCGUAUGCCAUGACUGUCUUCCUGUCUUUUGCCGUUUUUCUCUCCAUCAUCAAUACCCAACUACCUGUCAGUUCAGACAGUACCUCUGUUUUGAGUUUUUAUCUUUUACUUCAGAUGUCAAUGGGUGUAUUGAUUUUGGUUAUCACAGCUUUGCAAAUUCGCCUGCACCACAGAGAUUCAACUGUUCCAAUAUCCAGAGUGUUCAAAAUUAUUGUUAACCUUGAGAGAUGCUUAAAGUGUUCUAAAUCUUGUCGACCGUCGAAUGUUUCUACAUCGUCUUCAGAGUCAGACAAGGACAACCAAAUUAACAAUUCUCUAAAAUUGCCUGGGGAAAAUUUACAGGAAGCCAGUAACUGUGAAUGGAAGGACGUGGCGUCGGCCAUAGACUCCUUAGCUUUCUGGUUCUUUCUGAUAUUGUACCUUUGUCUUACGGCAUAUUUAUUCCUUUCUAUCGCGACAUAA